AUUCACUAUUAAAGUUGUAUAACUGUCCUCUCUUCCUCUCUAUUUCUUACUUGUCUUUCUCCCCUGCUUACAUCUACACUCUAAAUGAUCAAAUUAUUCUCCAAGUAGAGAAAGAGUUGAAUAGACUUUUGAAAGAACAAAAAGAAAUCAUAAUUUCAGGAUCAAAUAUCACGUAACUUAGUUGAUUUCGAUAGAUGAAUAUUCAAGAGAGGACAGGAUAAUCUGUGAAGUUUUGGGUUUUAGCUGCUAAUUCUGUUCAGAUUUCUUGAAAUUUGUUACCUGGUUUACUUUUUGGAGGAGUGUUGUUCUUGUCAAGAUGAUGAUGUUUGAGGAAAUGGGGUUCUGUGGGGAUCUUGAUUUCUUUCCUGCUCCGCUAAAGGAAGUGGAAGUGGCUGCCCCACGCGCUGAGCCGGAGCCGGCGAUGGAUGAUGAUUAUAGUGACGAGGAUAUUGAUGUGGAUGAGCUUGAGAAGAGAGUGUGGAGGGACAAGAUGAAGCUGAAAAGGCUGAAAGAAAUGAGUCAUCAGGGGAAGGAAGAUACUGAUUCUGCGAAACGCCGCCAGUCGCAGGAGCAGGCGAGGAGGAAGAAGAUGUCGAGGGCACAGGAUGGGAUCUUGAAGUACAUGUUGAAAAUGAUGGAGGUAUGUAAAGCUCAGGGUUUUGUUUAUGGUAUCAUUCCGGAGAAAGGCAAGCCGGUCGGUGGGGCAUCUGAUAAUCUUAGGGAGUGGUGGAAGGAUAAAGUGAGGUUUGAUCGCAAUGGCCCAGCGGCCAUAGCCAAAUACCAAGCUGAUCAUGCUUUCCCGGGCAAGAAUGAGGUAUUGAAUCCCGUUGGUCCGACCCCUCACACCUUGCAGGAGCUGCAAGAUACGACCCUGGGUUCAUUAUUAUCAGCUUUGAUGCAGCACUGUGAUCCUCCUCAGAGAAGAUUUCCAUUGGAGAAAGGCGUUUCACCCCCGUGGUGGCCUACGGGCCAGGAGGAUUGGUGGCCUCAAUUGGGUUUGCAGAAGGACCAAGGUCCUCCGCCUUAUAAAAAGCCUCACGAUCUGAAGAAGGCGUGGAAGGUUGGUGUCCUCACAGCGGUGAUCAAGCACAUAUUCCCUGAUAUUGCUAAAAUCCGCAAACUUGUAAGACAGUCGAAGUGCUUGCAGGAUAAGAUGACAGCCAAAGAAAGUGUGACUUGGCUUGCUAUCAUCGAUCAGGAGGAAGCUUUGGCUCGAGAACUAUACCCUGAUCGAUGUCCACCUUUGUCCUCAGCUGGUAGUAGUGGAAAUUUCAUGUUGAAUGACAGCAGUGAGUACGAUGUUGAAGGUGCUCAAGAAGAGUCUAACUUUGAUGUUCAAGAGCAAAAACCACACCAUCUCGGUUUGUUGAAUGUCGGUGUUGAGAGAUUCAAUGAGAGGCUGCCUUCACAACAACAGUCUCAUCCAAUCAAGGAUGAAAUGAUCACCAGCUUAGAUUUCACCAGGAAGAGGAAGCAAUCCAAUGAACAGAUUGUUACGAUGGAUCAAAAGAUCUAUACAUGUGAGUGUCUUCAAUGUCCUUACAGUGAACUUCGCCAUGGUUUUCAGGACAGAUCUGCCAGGGACAAUCAUCAAUUAGCUUGCCCUUUUAGAAAUACUUCUCAUUUUGGAGUUUCAAACUUUCAUGUCAAUGAAGUCAAGCCAGUUGUCUUUCCUCAACAAUAUGUCCAGUCAAAGUCAGCUGCCAUGCCUGUUAAUCCAAGUCCACCUCCCUUUGAUCUAUUUGGAGUAGGAGUUCCUGAAGAUGGGCAAAGGAUGAUUGAUGACCUGAUGUCACUCUAUGAUAGUAAUGUACAAGGAAACAAAAGCCAAAAUACGGCGAAUGUUGCACUGACCAAAGGUCAGCCUCAUCAACAAUCUCGGGUUGACCAGGACAAUUACCUACACGGCCAAGGGAUGAUGGAGGGGAAUAUCUUCAAAGACAUUAAUGUUUCUGCAAGUCAUUCUAUGCUGCCACAAGGCAAUCUUGUUGAUCAAUGUAAGGCCCUAAAUUCAAGUGACAAUUUUCAUUUCAUGUUUGGGCCUCCGUUCAACUUACAGUCCCCCAAUUACACCGGAAAUCUGCCUGGCAUUGGAUGUGAUACCACGCCGAAGCAAGAUAUUCCAAUUUGGUACUAGCCAGGAGAUUGGUCAAACGUAUAUAGUCAGGGGUUGGCCUGAUGGCAAUUGACUUGAGCCUUGGGGUGCUCCCUUUCAAGGUCUCAAGUUCGAAACCCACUGGGUGCAAACAAUUUCUGAGGGCCAUCGGACUGGGGAAACCCUGAAUUAACCGUGGUGCACUUGCGGGAAACUCCUUGCCGAGGGCCUGUGCACCCACGGGAUUAGUCGGGGCUCAAAGAGACUCGGACACCCGUGGCUAAUCAAAAAAAAAGAUAUAGCUGGAAGAUCCCAAUAUAAUUAGUCUGCAUUAUCAGGUGCAUUUUUAUCGCUUACAACUCUUCGUCAUGGUAUUUCUGGUUACCAUACGUUGUAGAGGUUGAAAGCUAGGCAGCAUGGUGUAACAGAAGAGGAGGAAGAUAUACCCUCAAAUAUUAGCCAUGCUGCUUAUAGAAUGUGUAGUUAUCUGAUAAAUAAGUUAAGACUAUAUUGUUAUGUGUUACAAUUUUGGUUUAAUCCAAGCUUCAGUUAUUUUCA